ACUGGCUAUAUCAGGUAGCACAUUCCCUUCAGCAUCAGUAUAUGUACUCGAACAGCAUGAGAAGUGGAAACCAGUAAUAUACUCACCAGAAAGAUUCAAAGGAAGUGUGUUUCUGGUACCCCAGUUAAUUUUUCAAUUAUUCGAAGAUGCCGGUCAGCAGGAUAGCGGUGGGGAGGCUGGAAGAGGCGACUCAGCAGGACGCCUUGAAGGCGGCAUUGGCUGAGUUCAUAUCAACCCUAAUAUUUGUGUUUGCUGGCUCAGGUUCAGGCAUGGCCUUCAACAAGCUAACAGACGACGGAGCCACCACUCCGGCAGGCCUCAUUGCAGCUGCAGUGGCCCAUGCAUUUGCACUUUUCGUGGCUGUUUCCGUUGGUGCCAACAUUUCCGGUGGCCAUGUUAACCCUGCUGUCACUUUUGGAGCCUUUGUCGGUGGAAAUAUUAGCCUUAUCCGUGGUAUCCUCUACUGGAUUGCUCAGUUGCUUGGUUCUGUCGUUGCUUGCUUGCUUCUCAAGUUCGCCACCGGUGGUUUGACUACUGCAGCCUUUUCAUUGUCAGCUGGAGUCAACGUAUGGAAUGCAUUUGUAUUAGAAAUUGUGAUGACCUUUGGGCUAGUCUACACCGUGUACGCCACCGCAGUGGAUCCAAAGAGGGGCAGUUUGGGAACAAUUGCACCAAUUGCUAUUGGUUUCAUUGUGGGUGCCAACAUCUUAGCUGGUGGGGCCUUUGAUGGGGCCUCAAUGAACCCAGCAGUGUCAUUCGGCCCAGCUGUGGUGAGCUGGACCUGGGACAACCACUGGGUCUAUUGGGCCGGGCCUCUAAUUGGUGGUGGGCUUGCUGGGCUUAUCUAUGAGUUCUUCUUCAUUAACCAAACCCAUGAACAGUUGCCUACAACUGAUCAUUAAUAAAGAUUUGAUUUAAAAAAAAUAAAAAUAAAAAAUUGUCCAAGAGGUUUCCUCCGGUGUAUGUACUCGUUCCGAGCGUUUCGGUUUCCUUUAUUUUUUUCAUGUUUGAUUUUUUAUUAUCGGUAGCCAUUGGUGUGCGAUAAGAACUUGGAUUACCUCGGAUACUAUUGCGUGAUUGGUCCAAUAUUGAAUAUGUAUCAUGAUAUCCAGUUGUACCAUUCAACUUUUCAUCUCUUUGAAUUUAUUAUGGUCGCGUUUA